AAAACGAUCAUCAUAACCUCCAAAAUAACCCCCAAUCCUUCCAAAAUAAUAAUCGAAAUGACAGUUCUGAAAUAAUAUAAAAUGUCCUUCAAUUUUCACUGAAAACAUUACCAAAAAAUUUAAAGUAUUAAACAAAAUAAAUGAUAGAAUUAUUCAAGGAAUAUUCCCUGAAAGCCCGUCAGUGAAAUAUUUUCAACAAUGAAUCGUUCACGAAGAAUCGUGGGGAGUAUAUCAGUGCUGUCAAGAAGUCUGGCUUCACGUGUAAGAAGAAAGAAUCAUUAUGACAGCCUCGAGGUUGACUCCAAGGCAACUCAGGGUGAGAUAAAAUCUGCAUAUUUCAAGCUGACAAUGCAGUAUCAUCCUGACAAAAAUAGCAGUGAGGAGGCCAAGGUCAAAUUUAGGGACAUAAUUGAUGCUUACGAUGUGCUGGGGAAUUAUCAGAAGAGGAGGCAAUAUGACAGAGGAUUGCAAAUAAAAACUGAUACUGAGCCAAGGCAACCUGGGGAUCCCAAGGUCCAAGAUAUAACGAAAGAAGCUGCCAGGGUGAGAUCUGCUAUCUAUCGACAGAGCUCUGAGGCCCCUGGGAGUUCCAGGAUGUAUGAUUUUGAUCGGUGGACGAAGGCACAUUAUGGAAGCAGCUUUAAGAAAACUUGGGCGGCGAAGGAGAAUGCCAGGAGGUUCAACGAAGAGAGAGAGAGCGUAUUAGCAGCACAGGCUUAUGAAGCAAUUGAGAGGUUCAUUUUGUUUAUGGUGAUUGUUGUAUUGGGUGGAACCAUGGGCAUCGUCACUGUCAAUCAUACGUUUGAUUCCCCUGUUGCGGAACAAAAUAGUGUUGUGAAAGAAGGAGAGAAACAAACUGAACGUACCUGAUGAUGGAGAGAUUAGUUUUUGUGGUAUGCUCAUAGGUAAUUACGUGUAAAUAGUAGGAGAUUGUUGAAUAAAUAAAUUGGAUGAAUAAA